GUGUUGCCCUCUCGUUCAGAGGAACUGCUCUCUGGUUCACACAAGCAAAACUGAGCAGUUUCUGAAAAUUAUUUUCUUACAAAGCUUUUCCAGCAGCAACUUCCUUGAGCUUUUUUUGUUUUCCUGCUAAAAGUGGAUAUUGUUUUUGUUUUAAGAAACUUCUCCUAAGGAAGAGAAGUCUAGGAGGGAAGUGAUUGGUCUUGAGGGAUUUUAGAAGAUUGGCUUUUGUCUAGCUAAUUUCUGGCUAAGUUAAAAUAAUUCCAACCUGUGCUGAGUAACUGAUGCCAAGAUGAUCUGUCGCUGUGUAUAUGCUCUUCCACUAAUGUGGCUGAUUUCUGCCUCCCAAGAAAAGAGCUGCCCAGAGCUACCCUCUGUGGACAACAGCAUAUUCGUUGGAGUAGAGACGCCAGGACACCAUCUAGGAACUUACAUCUGUGUCAAGGGCUACCACCUCAUAGGGCAGAAAAGCCUGUCGUGCAUGACCUCUCAGGGGUGGGACGCCCCCACUCCCAGCUGCCGUGUGGGCCACUGUCCUGACCCUGUGCUGGAGAAUGGUGAGCCCAGUUCCUGGGGGCCUGUACAUGAGAAUGACACAGUCGUGUUCAAGUGCAAUGACAGUUACAUUCUGAAGGGCAGCAACUGGAGCCAGUGCCAAAAGGACCACAUCUGGGCACCUCCCAUUCCUGUCUGCAAAAGCAGAGACUGUGACCCUCCAGGGAAGCCAAGCCACGGCUACUUCGUAGGAAGAGAUUUCAGCUCCGGAUCUAGGAUCACGUACUACUGCCAAGAGAGGUUCCGCCUGGUGGGCACACAGCAGCAGCGUUGUGUGGACGGGGAGUGGAGCAGCGCACGCCCAACCUGUGAGCUGGUCCCAGACCCUCUUCGGACACAGCUGGAGGAGGCCAUGCUUGCCUUUCAGGAGAAGAAGGACCUUUGUGAAAUCAUAAAGAACGUUACCCAAAAAUUAAAGGAAAGCAAUUUAAUGAUGGAAGAAGCCAAACAUUUCCUGGAGUUAAAAAAAGCUGAGUUAGAGGCAAAACUGUUAAAAAUAAAUAAAAAUAAAGGCAAAAAAGGCAAAAAUAUUGCUCUGAUAAUGUAGCUAAACAGCCCAGGCAAAGACACAUCCCCAUGAGGAACUGGAGAGAGAGUGUGCAGAGGUGAGAGGAUAGGUUUGCCUGGCAGGUGACCAACCUGGACCUGAUUUCCAGCAAUGCCCAAUGGCUCCCAGCAUCACCAGGAGUGACCCUGAGCACAGCAGGGUGUGGCCCGUCCUCCUUAGCCCACCCUCCUGCCCCCACAAAAGAAGCAUACACUGGAAUAAAUUUUUCUUUUGGUUCUGA